CAUUACCAUCGCCACCGUCACCAUCACCGUCACCGUCACCGUCACCGCCACCGCCACCGCCACCACUAUCGUUACCGUCGCGAUCGUGCGUUCAAAGGAGGGAAGUGGGGACGAUACAACACAGCGCUGCCGCGUGUGCUGCUUUUGCAGAGCUUCGCUCGGCAUACGGCGAAACGUUUCGCCUUGUGCUGGCUGCUGCUGCUGCUUGGCGGCUGGGCUGUCGACUCCCAACUGCUUCUCUCAGUCUGCUGGGCGGCCUCGCGCGAGCUUGCUUUCCAUCGACGAAUCCCGCGCGCCACACGCCGCGCCGCGAAAUAAACUCGCGGAGUUCGUGGAGGAUCGACGAUCGAGUCGUGAAUCUACCGAGCACCGUGCCGAAAAUCGUCAUCGACUAAAAACGAUAUCCGUCACUGAGAACGCAGAGGUAAAUCGCGCGAGACAUUCUCGAAGGACUCUUGCUCCAGAUUGAUGGCAAAAACCGCGCGUCAUCCUUGCGAGAUGCGAGGAUCUUGAAUCGUAAUUUGUGUUUUGUUGCGCAAGGCGCACCACGUGUCACGAUGAUUCGUGGCUGGUGGCCCCAAGUGUCGUGCUUCGAUCGAUGAAAAAUCAAACGAGAAGAAAGCAUCUGCAAAGAGGCAGAGGCAAACGAGUAAACGUAAUACACGCGCAUACAAUUCCGUUCUUGCAUACGACACGAAGCUUUCCGACCAUCCACAGGUGUUUGCAUCGAUCCAUUUUCGCGUGUCCUCGUGGUCGUUGCGACCACGAUUCAGUGAUUACGAUCCGACAAUCACGCUUUUGCGUCUAUCGUUCGCACGUACAUGAUCCAAGAAAGUUUUAUAUUCUUAACGAGAUAAAAGGGAUUGCAAAGGAUGUAAUAGAUGUUAUGGACUUGUGUGAUAUCGUAAAAUUGCCGAAAAGCAAGCAAGAAACAAGCAAGAGAGAAAGAGAGAGAGGGUGAUAAAAUUAUCUCGACAAAAGUGUACAUUUCACAUAAGAUGUAAUUCAAUGACACACGACUUUAUCAACGUUUAUAUGCGUAUACAUGUACAAGCAACUCACGUAACACAAUCGUGAAAAGACAUACCAAAGAAGGAAAGCUACAACCAAAAUUGUUCAAUUUGUGUUAUAAUUUCGAAACAAAUGUAUGCAUAUAUAUAUACAUGUACGGAUAUAUAUGUAUGUAUAAAUGUAUACAAAGAAUGGCACUCGUUCAACGUGAAUCACGGUGAACCGCGAUGAUACACACGAUUUAUCUGAAUAUUCGUAGACAGACGUGCGUCCGAGUUUUCAAGAGAAACAAUUCAAAGGGAAAACGACAAUUUGCGUAGUAUUAGCGUUAUUAGCAAAUUUGGUAUGUUUAGAAUCGUGUCGGCAGCGUGAAGCGAGAUCCAGUUUUCAUUGAAACGCGGAAAUCAUCAUGAAAGCUGGCGCGUGACGAGACAAUUUGCACAUUCGGACUUUCAGAUAAAUACAAUUUCACUCACGCUUCACUCUGGAAACUCACGCGCAAUAACGCGAAAAACUCGGAAAUCUAAAAUGAGAUUAAAUGCCGCGAGCGAUCAGACAGUAGACGCGUAUCGGUGUAUAUGUAAUCGUAGCGCAAUCCUUCGCUAGAGUUUCCGUGGUGACAACCGAGUUCCAAAGCUUAAGAAUCGGUUCAGACUGAUGAAAUGUGAAACAAGAGUACCUCACGUCGUAGAUUCGACGGAAACGAAAGAGGAAGUUGAGAGAGCACAAGUACGAUUCACCGCAGGGAUAGCGGCACGUCGGGGAACCACCUGGCGCGGGUCGCCUGAGAUGACGGCCUUGCGACAGGAUAUCACGGCAUUCCCGUAUAGAACCUGUAGAACCUUCCUCCUGGCAUCACUGAUCGGACUACUGCUACAAAUUCAUUUGGCGACAGGUGGUAUAUGCUGGUCAUCUAUCAGUAACGGUCGCUGCAAGGAGCUUCUGUCACAAGGCGUCACGAGGGAAGACUGCUGUGCGUCUAACGCAGCAGCAGCAACCGCCUACUCCGAGGAGGAUCUGGAUAGCGGAAGUCUCUUCUUCUGGAGGGUUCUUGGUGGAGGAGUGCAGUGUCGUCCUUGCCGAGAGAGCUGCACGGAAGUGAGGUGCGAAGAAGGGAAAAAGUGCGUGGUGCGUAGAGGAAGACCGAGGUGCGUGUGUAGUCCAGAGUGCAAAGCACCGCGAGGCGGUGGUGGACCGGUCUGUGGGACGGACGGCAAGAGUUACAAGAGCCUGUGCAGACUUAAAAAACGAGCUUGCAAAAAGGGUAGCCACGAACUCGCGGUUGCCUACAACGGCCACUGCCAAAGUUCGUGCGCACGGGUCCGGUGCGGCCAAGGUCGGAGCUGUCUGCUGGACCAGAACCUGAGUCCUCACUGCGUGAGGUGCGCCCGCAGGUGCCCUCAGGCGCCCCCGCACCAGGUCGCCGGCGCGCGCCCCGUUUGCGGAGCCGACGGAAACACCUACAAGAGUGCCUGCCACCUGCGACUCGCCGCCUGCCGCGCGGGUCGCGCCAUUCCCGUCGCUUAUAAGGGCCAUUGCAAGCAGAGCGCAGACUGUACGAAAAUACGCUGUCGAGAAGGCCAGACUUGUUUGUCCGAAAUGAAGUCUGGACGACCACGUUGCGUGACAUGCACCUAUCGUUGUCCCCGGAAGCGGGAGCGCGUCCGAAAUCGGACACACCGGGACAGGGAUCGAGAUCGAGAUCGAGAUCCAUCGGCAACCAUGUUAUGUGCUACAAAUAACAUCACCUACCCCAGCUGGUGUCACAUUAUCAAGGACGCCUGCGUUACUGGCUUCGUUCUUGAAACGCGGCACGCGGGUCCCUGCAACGCCUACGACACGGCCCUUCCUCUUUAUGUUGAGGAGGACGAUACCUCGAGCAACUAUGGGGUUGACCUAGCGGACGAAGACACGAGAGCAAGCGACGACCGCGCCAAAUCUCCGUACGGUCUGCACUCGUUGGCGUUAUCGUAGCUUGCAGCAGUUCCAUCCUUCGAGAAAUUUCAAUAUUCCUUUGCGACAGAUGUCAUGCGACAGACUCAGCAACGGUCCUAUCUAAGAGAUCCGAUGGGUGCUUAUCUCACAAAGGUCAGGAAGAGUGGCCAAGAAGCAGCGUGAGCUAAAUAUCAAUGACAUCGAUGCGCAGCGCAUCCGUUUGUCGGUUCCUUCCCUUCUGACAAACAGAUUAAAAGAGUCUCGAGAGCCGUAACGGGAAAGUCACGAGAGUCGCGAGUCGAAACGGUGAAGAGAACAGUGUCCCAUUUUAUAGUCGUUCAUUCGAGAAAGACAUGUUGGUAUUCGGCAUUCUCGAAUAGAAAACGUAUGAGCGUAAAAGCAUGAGAGACGGUUUGCUUUACGUGAGAAGUAAAGCGUAAAGCUGGACGCUAGACCCAAUUUCCGAAUUUUCUCGCACAUGGACACAAGUAGAGACUUGAUUGAUUUCUUGAUGAUGGAAAUGGCGCUUUUGCGUAAACGAAACUCUCGCUCAGAGCGCACGCUGACACAGGAUGAAUGCGCGACGAAUGAGAUACUUUCGCCAACUCGGAACAGACAUUUAUCUUUUGCAUUAUGUACAUUGACAAUAGCGAUAUCACGUUUCAAUGACAUUUUUACACACGGUAAAUCUGCACACGUCUUAUGUAAAUGGAUAGACGUUAGAUGUGUCACGGUAAGUGAUACACGAAGCACGGUAAACAAGGAAUAAGCAUAUUAUAUUUAUUGAUGAUUUUGGAAUUUCGAGUCUCGCGACGAACGUUUAAGUGACGCGCUCUUUACACGUGUGGGUACGUUAUCUAGAUUAUUGUAUUAGAAAAUUUCAGAGUAUAUGAGCAAGUGGCAGAAUUGUUAUAGUUGCUCGUUUAUUAAUUUUGUAAAUGUUUUUAUUACCAAAGACACAUUUAGAGGCUCUGUUAUUUAACGCGAAAGUAUUAAAAAAAGUGACGUAAUGCGUAAUGAUGGUAGUAGCGGAAUUCUUCUUACGAGAUGAAAAAGAUCGAUUCUCUAAAAUCAUCAAUCAUUCGAAUCUAAUUUUGUCCGUGUCAAACGCAUUCUCUGCUAUGCAUACACGUGUAUACGCCAAGUGUAUAAAGAAAUGUAUAAGCGAUUGUUUCGAUAAAAUAACGCGCAAGGAAGAAAACGUAAAAUCUCGUGACGUCUCGUGUGAAAAGUACGAAAUGAUUGGUCGUGUAGUUUCUAGAUCGUUGCUCGUUAAACGCGAUUCGUUUAUCACGUGUAAUUUACACACGCACUCGCACUCGUACACGAUGUCGCAACGUCUGAAAAUCCUGAUGAAGUUGGUCCAGAAAAUGGUUCAUUCCAACCGACUGUACGGCCAAUUUAUCGAAUGAAACUUUUCAAUUGGAGAAAAGAGGGAGAAACACAGAAGAAGAAACGAGUGUUACGGCUUGUCGUGAGAUUCAAAGAGAUAUCAUUCACGGUAGGUGAUUAGAGCGUGUAGCGCGGCGGUGUCUCCCAAAAGUAGCAUAUUAGAUAGACGGGCAAUUUACUGUAAGUCAAUUUAAUUUAUUAAUCGAUUUUGCACGGCAAUAGGUCGUUGGCACAGCGAAUGAACGAUCGAAUAUGACUGAUAUAAUUGACAUUUCAGAAUUGAUUUCAGCCUAAAUUGAUGAACUCGAGUUAACGACGUUAACUUUUGCCGUCGUUUGCUCUCUUCCCGAUCUUGUUUCGUACCGCGUGCUCUGCAAAUGUCUCACUUUCGUCUCGUAUUCUAUCGACUUGGUCAUCAUCGAUCGUUCCAGUGCUUCCGUCCUGGCGUCAGUAGUAUUCUCAUGUAAUAUUUGUACUUAAUUUAUUUUAGUUUUACGGACGGAACCCCAUUUAUGCUCCAUUCAAUUGCGUACGAGCAAACGAUUGUUUCUUAUUAUUAGGAAUAAAAAUCAGAUUGCACAAUGCGAUCUGUAACGAUCGCUUUAAUUCAAAUCGGGCCAAGAAUGGGUCACGAGUAAUCAAAGUGCGUGUGCUGUAAUCUCGAAGAUGAUACGAUCGUGACUAUGGCCCAUUGUCUAGGAGCACGAGUCACGAGUUGCGACAAAUUGUGCGUGUCUCAUCAUGAUAACACGUUACAUCAUGUAGGCGCACAUUAGAAAUGCAUUUAUCAAGAGCCUACGAACCCAGGACUCGGUUUUUAUGAGAGACAUAACAAAUCUCACAAGCAGACUCACCGAUUAUUUUUAAUGUCUAAGUUUCGAGAUGCUUUGUCUAGGCAGUAUAGCAAAUUCAUUAAGUUGUUUAUAUAAAUAGAGGAACAAGUAUGUAGGUGUACAGGCUGUGUCAAUGAAAAGUCUGCUCAAACUUUGAAAGCACAUUUCUCGUAUCGAAGGAACGACGUCAAAGUGACGACGACCUUUUUCCUUUUCUUUUUAAUGCGCGCGCGUGUAUGUAUGUAUGGCUGUGUGACAGAGAGAGAGAGAGAGAGAGAGAGAGAGAUGUGCCCUCAAAGUUUUUUCUUUGGACGUUCCAACGACAUCCUGUACAUACACACAUAUAUGCAGGGUAUGCCAUCAUCUUUUUCACCUACAGAUUCGUUGACCAAUUUGGAAUCUAUUUUUCAUCUGAAAUUCAUUUGAAAUUUUACUCGGCAGAAAUCGAUCAGGUUUAUAGAUCCAAUACUAUAUAUCGAUAGACGUAUAUCGACACUUACGUUAAAGAAAAAAAAAAAAUAAAGAUUGAUCCUAGAUUAGUCAGAGGAUUCGUAGAAGAAUAGAGUGGUAAUAAUUAUUGGGCAAUCCCUAUGAAAAAAUAUAUAUAAAUAUAUAUGCACCUGGCGUGAGACCUACUGCGUCUCUUGAUGUAUUUACAAAAUUGUACAGGACGUUCGGUAAUAGGCACAUUUGUACGAUGAGUAAGACUUGUCUCUAAAGACUCGGUUGAUUUUCUUCUUUAUCGGAAGCAAUUGCAUGACAACGGUUUUUCCGAUUUUAACAUUACGAUCAAGUAUAUAAAACAUUCUAAAGCUGAAUACUAAACUCUAUGAGAAAUUCAUAUUUUAUUGUUUACUUGCAUGUUUUUUAUGUAGCUCACAAUGAAGCUCGAGCAGUAUUCACGGUUUGAUUUAGAAAACACGACACAUCAGUUUUGAACAAGGAAUAUUGCAAUGUUAAUAAAAUACUUUUGCCUAUUUCCAAACACCCUCUCCAUACAUGUAAUGUGUGUAUUAAUAUAUACACAACUGCUUUCUCAAGACUGUGGACACAUUUUUUUAUAGAUGUAUAAAUGUUUAAAUAAAUUAUUAUUAACGUCGUAUAUAAUCAA